AUGAAUCCAUCUAAUGAGCGCUCGCAUUUUGGUAGCAGCCCUGUGUCUCUACCCAUGAACCAAAGAGAUGAGUCUUUGCAAAAGUGGCAGAAUGAGGGCUUUCGAUAUUGUGUUACGCUAGCAGCCCCAACUGCGAUGACACGGAACAGCGAAGAUCCAACACUAAGCUACCUGAACAAGGGACAAGCUUAUAAGUUGUCAAUAAUGGAUUCAAACCCCUCAAUGACCGGUGGACAAGCGAAAAGAUACCGAGCCUUUGUCCGAGUAACAUUUGAUAAGGAGGAUGCAAGAUUGAACCCAGCCGCCUGCUGGCAACUGUGGAGAGAGGCCAGAGCCAUGAACUAUAAUCCCCGAAAAGAAAGCGUGCCAUUUGCCGUUGAGUUUUCUGGUGCUGCAAAUCCUAGAUUUCAAUGUCAGAUUGAGCAAAAAUCUUUCGAUGGCUUCUGCAUCACUUGGACAAUGGACCCUGCUGCGGGUUUCAAUCUUUUCGACCUCUCGGUUCGACUACAUUUCCUGUCGACAGACUUCACCCGCUCAAAGGGGGUGAAGGGAUUACCUAUCCGUCUUUGUGUGAAGACGCAGGAAUUGAUGCCCCCUGUCGAUUAUCCCGGGUCUGAAGAUUCAGAGAUUUCUUUCUGCAGAGUACAGCUUUUCCGGGACCAUGGUGCUGAACGCAAAAUGUCCAACGACAGUGGGAAUCUGAAUAAGGCGAUUGAGAAGCUGAAGCAUAAAAUGGCUAGUUCUACACUGAAGCCAGUUGCGCAGAAGCGCAAGAGAGGCAGAGUUCCUGAGCUCAAUAAUCCCGCUUUGGAAGCAAUGCGUGCACCAAAGGUUGAGAUGAAACAAAGCGAUGAUGGACUUGAUUCGAAGCUUGUCGAACUGGAACAUAUGGCUCUUUCUAUUCAGCCUAGAACCAUCUUAGCGCUCCGUGGAAGCAAGGAAGACGACCCAGAUCUAUAUGCGGUUCAUAUGCCGGAUAUUCAAAGCAAUGAAUUCCGCUCAGAGGUCUCACCGACACAUAUGCCAACUCCCAGCUCUAAGGAUAGUGGUUCUGGUUCGGAACAUUUCACACCAGGUGAUUCAGACAAUGAGAAAAUUAAUUAUGUGUCCACAAAGCCACCCACAUUCAUUGCAUGCUUCUACGUUCGGCUUAUGCUGGAAAUUUCUCAACAGCCUGAGGUUUACCGUGCUGUCUACUUGUCAGAGCGCACAACACAAGGCUUGGCCCUAGCAAUCUCUAGGAAAUACGGCAUCACUCCAUCGAGUGACUUGGAUAUAUUUCAUGUUAGCGAAAAGGAUCUAAAAAUAUUGGUUGAUGAUGAUUUUGUUCAAUACAUUCCAGAG